AUGGGACAUGGAGGGGGACAUACUUGCUGCAACAAACAGAAAGUGAAAAGAGGAUUGUGGUCACCUGAAGAAGAUGAGAAACUCAUCAACUACAUUACUUCCCAUGGCCAUGGCUGCUGGAGCUCCGUUCCUAAACUUGCUGGGCUCCAAAGAUGUGGCAAAAGUUGCAGGUUAAGAUGGAUUAAUUAUCUAAGGCCGGAUUUGAAACGAGGGAGCUUUUCUUCGCAAGAAGCGAGUCUUAUAGUCGACCUACACCGAAUUCUCGGAAACAGAUGGGCACAAAUAGCGAAACAUUUACCAGGAAGGACGGAUAACGAGGUCAAGAAUUUUUGGAAUUCGAGCAUAAAAAAGAAGCUUCUUGCUCAUACCCACCACCACCACCUAUCUAAUCAUGCUCUUGCUACUGCUACCACCACCACCACCACCUUUCCUAACCCUAAAGCCACCAACAUUCAUGUUUCUUUAAGUGGUGAUCAUCAAUAUUAUGAGGGUUUGUUUGAUGCCAACCCUAAUGUGAUCAACCCAUAUCAACCCCAUAUGAUUCAUGACGAUCAAGAUCAUCGUCAUGUCCACACACCACCGCCACCCGCCGCCACCCAACCACCGUUGAUCAAUCUUGAUAAAUGCUUCGUCGGUAUUGAUCCUAGCCCUAUUCUCCCUCCCCUUCCUCCAUCGUUCACCGUCAAUCCAUCUCCGGAAUUCGACCAUCAAUUCCCCACAAUGGAAUUCUUGAACUCCUAUGAUCAUAACAUCCUGAAACCGGAGAAUUAUGACCUCAUCCUUGGCCAAAAUUCGGACCAUCAUCAUAACCAUCAUCCGGAAAUCCCAUUUAAACUUGGCGAUGUCGAAUUGAGCCAACCGAUUGCGAACUCAAACGAGUUGCACACGCCUACAAGUUCUCAAACGGAGUACCUCGAGACUUUCGUGCCAAAUUUUCUGUCGUCUUCACCGCCAUCAUUGGUGUUGCCACAGUUUGUGGUAAGCAAGGUAAGAAGUAUAUAUAAUGUGACUAAUUAA